AUGAAGACCGCUCUGUCAUCGCCGGUCAAAAUCUCCGCAAACAACUCGUUCGAGGACCCAAUCGUACUUUCCGACACCGACACCGACGGCAAUAGCGACAUGAACGACGUCACUGAAGUCACGGCUGGUCGUGUCGAUACUGCAGACGCCGCCCUGAAGGUCGGUGAUCGCUUGACUGCCCCUCAUAGCGUGCCCACUGGCACGGUCGACGCCAUACAGGAUCUUUCGCUGCACUCGUCCACCUUCUCUGCCUCCAACAACCACCAUGACGAGAGCCGCUCGUCCACCACCCUCGAUCGAUCGUAUGCUACGUCUCUCAACAGCGAUCUCAAUGCCGUCUCGGACGGAAGUCUGUCCUCUCUCAGCUCCAUCGAUUCGGACAGCGAUGCAGCCGACCUCGUCGAUGACAAGAGCAGCACAGCUAUUGCUUCUCUGAGACGAACGCCUCGCAUGGCACGCGCUAUUACGCCAGUCUCCACGCCGGUGCGAGACACCGAAGCCACUGCAGAGACGAUGGCUCGCUUAUCCUCCUCGACGCCGACGCCAAGUCGUAGAUCAGCUCGCAUUGUCUCGUCCGGAUCGAGCGUACAAAAGGCGCUUCAGAGGCGAGACGAGCUUGACGCAAAGAUGCUGGCCAGUCCUCUCCGACGCAAGCCAGAUUUUCCCGAAGCACAGCCGGUGAAAAGACCGCGAGGCAGGCCGAGAAGAUCGGCGCCCGACGCAAGCCUUCCUUUGCCAGCGCUGCAGACAAAGACAGCUGUGUCUGAGCAGAACACGCCAGCAUCCGCCUCGGCCCGACGAAGUUCUCGGCUGUUCUUGCCUUCAUCCAACGUCGAGGAUUCGCCAGUCUCUGCGUUGACCCAGCCCGCUUCUUUGCAAACUAGGAAAGCUGAACGAACUCCAACACAGGAGACAGGUCACACAUUGAGGCGAGGUAGACGCUCAGAAGGGAUCGAUGCAGUCGCAGUUGCAAAAGAUCAACCCAAGUUCUCGCCGCCUGCUCUCGUCUCCUCCUCGGUUGCAUCCACAUCGAAUGUUCCGCAAACUCAGGUUAGAGCCUCCAUUGCAGGAACUGGGACCGCACAGGUCACCGCCACCCCACCUGUCAAGCGCGGUCCUGGACGACCGAGAAGGAAUUCAAUCUUCGUACCCAUCGUGCCACCGACGCCGGCAACAACCGCUACACCAAUCACAGGAAGGAAGGGUUCUGCCAUGGCAGGUCGGCUUCGCAAACGAAGCUUGUCCUCGGCGAGCGCAAGCGUCCAGGCAAAUCCUGCACCUGUCCUUGAGCAGCAGCCGCCGGAGACACCUCGACCCAAGCGGGGCAGACCUGCACGCUCGACUCUCGUCGCCUCCUCCAUCGAGACCGUCACUGAGUCUCUUCCUGCAUCACAGUCGCAGCCUCUGCAGCGCAGCAUCAGCAAUCGGCAGAGCACCAUCGAUCUGCUCGAUGACGAUAUCAGUGAGUUGAGCGACCUCAGCGACACUUCGCUCGGCUCGUCGCAACCGUCUCGAUCUGCUUCGCAGUCGGCUCAGCCGGCACCACGACGUCGUGGACGUCCUCCGCUGGCCAGCACGUCGGACUCUAAGAAGAUGAGGCGAGCCACCAAACAGGACAAAGAUGGAAAGGCGUACCACUUUACGGGCUUGUACGCCGGCGAAGCGGAUGCGGUGGCUUCGACUUCAUCUCGGCGCACUGCCGAGACGCCGAACGCAGUGUUCCCCACUCCGAUCCACUUUGGCGCCAAACUGCUCACCGAGGAGCGCGACUUUCACCUUCCCUAUCCCAUCUACCAAUCCAUGGACAAGCUACGCGACCGUGUCAAUGCCAAGCGCAAACCACCGCGUUACCAGCAGAUCAGCAAGAACAAAUAUGUCACGCGCGCCAAGUUGCAGGGCGAGUCGCCACUGUGCAAUUGCAAGCCCGGCAGCGGAUGCGGAAACGACUGCAUGAACCGCAUGCUCAUGUUCAUUUGCGAUCCGAGGACCUGUCCGAGUGCCAGCAACUGCAGCAACAUCAGCCUUGGCCGUCGACCCACGAAGAAAACCACGGUCGCUUACUAUGGUCGUCGCGGUUUUGGUCUCAAAACGCUCGAGGCUAUCAAGAAGGAUGAGUUUAUCGACGAGUAUCGAGGCGAGGUGAUCAAUCUGGGCGAGGCUGCGAAGCGAGUUACCGAAGAGUACAAGGCGACGGGCAAUUUUUAUCUGCUCGAUUAUGACUCGGCCGCAGGAGAGCUGCUCGACGGUGGUCGCAAAGGGAACAUCACCCGCUUCGCUAAUCACUCUUGCGACCCCAAUUGCCGUAUCGAGAAGUUCAUCAUCUGCGGCACAGACGAGGCGCUCUCAGCUGAAUUUCAAAUCGGCUUGUUUGCAAAUCGCGACAUUGCGGAGGGCGAGGAGCUGACAUACAACUACGGCUGGGCCGCUUUCCAACCUCGCGACAUCACGGGUGCGCCCACGGCGCAGGUGCCAUCCGAGCAGUGUCUGUGCGGAGCGGCAAACUGUUCUGGCAUCCUGGGUGGCAAGAAAGCACCUGUCAACAAGACUGUAGCAGAUGCGGUAACGGCCAACUCGCGCAAAAAGACGGCCAAGGGACGAGGAAAAGGCAAGGGCAAGGUGCGCAAGCCAUCGCAGAGCUCGCGCGUCCGCAUUCGCGCCAUGACGCCGAUGCUGACCGCGUCGCGGUUGUCUGCAGCGGCGAUGCCCACUUCAGCACUUUUGAGCGUCAAGGCUGCGAGAAACUCGCGCAAGCGCGAAGAAGCUCAGUCGAGUUUGAAUCUUCUCAACCAGAUCGUCAUCAGACGCCGCGAGCGCGCAGCAGAAGAAGCGAGUUUGCACACCGCUGCUGCAGGCCGCGCGGAUGUCACGACAGACCUGGUCGGGAAGAAAAGCGCAGACAAGCCGCUCAAUUGGGGCGAGAAGGAUACGCAGCCGGUAUCUGAUUUGCGACCUACUACUGCGGGUGCUGCCAAGACGAAAGAGCCUGUCGCACCAUUGCGAGCUACCGCAUCGCCCUUGCCCCGUUCUGUGCCUGUAGGUAGUCAGGCGACGAGCACCGCCAUUCCGACCGAGCGCUUGCCCAUGAAAGCGACCGCUCGGAUAGAAGCGAGGAGCUCGCAAUCAGCAAGUGCGGGCCCUGAGGUUAGUGCGGCUCAGAGCGCGCCAGGCGAGGGAAAGCUGACUGCCGCGAGCCGAGGGUUCAUGCGACUGCCGCUACUCAAACGACCCGCCAGUUCGAACAUAGGAAGCGCCUUUGGCCGUACUGCGAAGGCAACGCGAGGCACCAAGGACCGAAGAUGGAGCGCAGCAAAGGCGCUUAUCUCGGACAACGACGAGGCUUCCUCUGUGGACAAAGACCUGUCCGACUCGGAAGAGACCAUGUCGGAUUUUCAGAAGCAGGACGGUAGUCCUCAGCGACGUCCUGCGUCGAAAAAGCCUGCAGUCAAGACGCCGGGGCGACGCGGUCGCCAUAAGCUGCAGCUGAGCACUGAGGAGGCGUCGCGUCGGGCAGCCGAGCGAAGAGCAAGGAACGCCUUCCUGGCACGUGUGCGACGCGCGUCGAAACGCGGCAUCCUGAUCGAGGAUCCAACGCAGCAUCCGUUGAAGAAGAUCAGCAUCCAGUGCACUGCCGCGCCGGAGAACACAUACAUUCCGGAUCUUCCCUCGUCGCUGGUGACGCUGGGCAUGACGACGGCAGAUGCACGCCGGGCGCGCAAUGCCUUCCUUGCACGUGUGAGGAGAGCCGUGAAACGGGGCUACGCCAAGGAGGUGGCGAUCAAGAUGGCGGCCAAGCCUCUGCCCGGCGAGCCCGAGCGCGACACACCCGUGAUGAAGGCACAGCGAGCAUACUUGGAGCAGAUCGAACGGGAGGCUGCCGAAGAGUUGACAGGUUCGGUGGGGAGCAGCAUUGACCCAAGAGCGACAUCGACGUCGACGUCAACAUCCCGCUGCGGCCAAUCACCAGCGACAGCAGUUGCAGCAACAUCAGCAGCAGCAGCAGCCAUAGACAAAGACUGGGUUGAUGAAUCGAGCUGGACAGCCCCGCAGUAA